UUCUUGGGUAACUUAAAGCGGCGGGAGAGAACAAUUUAUCCCAACUGUCCUAGGGAUAAUGAUGCAAGCUAGUAAUAAUAUUAACAACGUAAACAGUGUGUAGUUAGCUAACCGUGACUUAUUUUUGGCGAAAACGAUUUUAAGUAUUCUUAGUCAUAAUUUGCUGUCGCGCCGUGGUGUCGUCGAGUCCAAAGUAGUCUUCGAAUUUUAAAUUUGUUUGAACAAUAUUUUCUGCUAGCCCCUUUGAGCGCCUCUUCAACAAUGGCGAAGGUACAAGUGUUGAACGUCGCCGUGUUGGAUAACCCGAGUCCGUUUGGAAACCCUUUUCAGUUUGAAAUAACGUUCGAGUGUAUGGAAGACCUCCCAGAAGACCUGGAGUGGAAGAUCAUCUAUGUGGGCUCAGCAGAAAGUGAGGAGUAUGACCAGACUCUUGACUCUGUCCUGGUUGGCCCUGUACCAGCUGGGAGGCAUAUGUUUGUGUUCCAGGCUGAUGCCCCCAACACAGGUCUGAUUCCUGAAAGCGAUGCUGUCGGUGUCACUGUGGUGCUAAUCACUUGCACGUAUCGUGGCCAGGAGUUCAUUCGUAUUGGUUAUUAUGUGAACAACGAGUACACAGACCCUGAGCUACGGGAGAAUCCACCUAUUAAACCUGACUACACUCAGCUCCAGAGAAAUAUCUUGGCAUCAAACCCACGUGUUACAAGAUUCCAUAUAAAUUGGGAAGGUUGUGCAGAACGAAUGGAAGAUUCUGAGAACGUGGAUCCUGCCUCAAACACUAUGCUCCCUCCAUCCUGUCUCCCAGGCAAAGCUCCACCCAUGGGGUUACUACCAGACAACUCUAUGGACUGUUUAUAGGGCCUCUCACUGUCAGACUGGUUAUGUCGCAGCACAAGGCCUUUCUUCUUCAUUUUGUUUUGAAGAAUGCCCAGGGACAUUCUAGCGUGGAUACAAAGACAGCUUUUCCUUACAGCUGCCCUAACUUCCCCGAAGCUUUUCGUUAACAGUCAACUCUGACCUUGGACUUCAAAGGAGUGUUCGCUCCAGUGAAGAUGAGAAACACCUUACCAGUAUCAUUAUCAGUAGUACGUAUGGAAAGUUCCUCAGGUAACACUGAGCAAUGUUGAAGACGUUAAUUCACCAAAUUUCUAUGAGGGAGCAAAUACUAACUUUGAAAAGAUGCAGCUGGACUGGUCAACUAAAUAAAAUGGAAAGCUGCUGUGAUUCUUAUCCCCCCUUCUCUUGAUAGAGAUUGGAUUGGAAACACUAUGAGAAGGGUUUUAGCACUGUAUCAACAGGCAAGCGAAAAUAACAUAUGAACUGGAAUUUGUUAAUCUGCUAUUUUAUUUCCAUUCAAAUUUUCUUUGCACUUAAAGAAUACCCUUUUCCCCACUCAGUGAUUACCGACACUUCGAUGGGGUGUAUAAUUGCCUUCACGCGUUUUCUUGUCUGCCAUUUUUGUUCAAAAUAAAGGGGAAACUGCAUUUGUAAUUUGUGUGUGUCUGACGC